CUGAACCACUCAUGACUUCUCAGUUACCAGAUUUUCCUUGGCAAGUUGUGGGAACGGACUUGAUGGAGUUAAAUGGAGCUCAUUAUCUUGUUGUCAUUGACUACUUCUCAAGAUAUCCAGAGCUUAUCAAGUUGACGUCCACCACAGCCUUAGCAGUAAUUCAAGCCUUGAAAUCUGUUUUUGCCCGUCACGGCAUCCCUAAUAUUCUCAGGAGUGACAACGGACCUCAGUAUAUCGCUCGGGAAACCAAAGAGUUCGCCAAGGCUUAUGGAUUUGUCAUGAUAACCAGCAGCCCUAGGUACCCGCAGAGCAACGGACUCGUGGAGCGGAUGGUCAAAUCCAUCAAACAGCUACUGACAAAGGCGGAGGACCCACAUCUCGGGCUACUGGCUUACAGAUCCACGCCACUGCCUUGGUGCACUCUCAGUCCUUCAGAAUUGCUCAUGGGAAGACGAUUGAGAACAACGAUGCCACAGUCGACAGCACAACUCACCCCACACUGGGAUUAUCUGAGGAAUUUUCGUGAAGCAGAUAAUUUUUUCAAAAGUAAACAGAAGAAGAACUUUGACUCCAGACAUCGAGCUAAAGACCUGCCCCAAUUACAAAAGGACACGGAAGUCUGGAUAACGUCAGGUAAAGAGCCAGCUCAAGGGACAAUCGUCGGUCCAGGCCACACUCCACGAUCCUAUGUCAUCAAAACAGACAAAGGGGAGGUGAGGAGAAUAGAGGACAUUUGAAAGCCAUCCCAAAGUUUGGCACUUCACUUGAAAUCGAAACUCCCCAGAAUACGGAAACUGGUCAAGCAACACCAACCAGGCCACAAACGAGAAGCCAGACUGGUUGUCAAAUAAAGAGGCCGAUGAAACUCGACCUGUAAGGGGAGAUGUGGAGUGACUCUAUUAAUAGCGUAGUGACACGCAUGCGUAACUAUUGUAUCUUCGUAGUAUGUCUUCGUAGUGUGUUGAGUUCUAGUGUGUUGAGUAGAAUAAAUACAAACCGUAUA